CCACAGACUUUUAUUUUAUUUCUUUUUUAGAGACAGGAUCUCACUCUGUUGCCCAGGCUGGAGUGCAGUGGCACCAUUGUGGCUCACUGCAGCCUCUACCUCCUGGGCUCAAGUGAGCCUCCCACCUCAGCCUCCCAAGUAGCUGGGACCACAGGCAUGGGCGACCGCCCUGGCUUCCUCCCUUCCUUGUGUCUCCUCUUUCUGUUCUCUAAGUUCCUGCUUUAUUAUAGGCAAAGCUCAGGACAUUAAAGACCUGGCGGUAGAGGGUAGGCAAUGGGGGUGAGGCCCUGAUCCAAGUCCUGCCGCUAAGGCACUCAUAAUUUCGGGCUCAGGGGAGAAAUGGAAGUCAAAGAAUCUCAUAAACACAGCCGCGAUGACGAACCAUUUCACGGGAAGGAACAUGCGAGCCCAGAGAAGUUUCUCCUGGUCUUGGGAUGGAGGUCACAGGAAGCCUCCGCAAGGCAAGAACUUUUGGUGAGUUCUGGGCUCCACUGAACUCAGCUCUUUUUCUUUUCCUUCCUUCCGUCCUUCCUUCCUUCCUUUCCUUCUUCCUUUCUUUCCCUCCUUCCUUCCUUUCUCUUUCUUUCCUUUCUCUCUCUCUCUCUCCUUCUUCCCUCCCUCCCUCUCUGUCUCUUUCUUUUUCCUUCCUUCCUUAUUUUUUUAUUUUAUUUAUUUAUUUUUUUGAGACGGAGUCUCGCUCUGUCGCCCAGGCUGGAGUGCAGUGGCGUGAUCUCGGCUCACUGCAAGCUCCACCUCCAGGUUCACGCCAUUCUCCUGCCUCAGCCUCGAGUAGCUGGGACUACAGGCGCCCGCCACGAUGCCCGGCUAAUGUUUCGUAUUUUUAGUAGAGACGGGGUUUCACCGUGUUAGCCAGGAUGGUCUCGAUCUCCUGACCUCGUGAUCCGCCCGCCUCGGCCUCCCAAAGUGCUGGGAUUACAGGCGUGAGCCACUGCACCCGGCUCUUUCCUUCUUUCCUUCUUUCUCUCUCUUUUCUUUUCUUUCAUUUUGAGACGUAUUCUGGCUCUGUCGUCCAGGCUGGAGUGCAAUGGCGCCAUCUCGGCGCACUGCAACCUCCACCUCCCGGGUUCAAGCGAUUCUACUGCCUCAGCCUCCCGAGUAGCUGGGACUACAGGCGCGCACUACCAAGCCCGGCUAAAUUUUUUUUGUAUUUUUGGUAGAGACUGGGUUUCACGAUGUUGGCCGGGCUGGUCUGGAAGUCUUGACCUCAGGCGUGCGCCCUCUCCGCCACUGGGCAAGGCAGGGGAGGAAUAGCGGGCUUGGAAUUCCACACUAGAGGCGGGCACCGUGGGGGAAAGAAGAGUCACGUCUCCCACGGUUCGCAGAGGAAGGCCUGCCUGAGCCUGGAGCGGGGGCGGGAGAGCCACAGUUUGGCAUCCCCAAGGCAUCCCCCAGCCCGCAGACUACCUAGGCCUCCAGAGGACAGGACCCCACCCCCGGCCACAGGCCCUGCCCCCAGCACUCUCCGCACCCCGCCUCCAAGACUCCUCCGCCCACUCCGCACCCAACUUAUAAAAACCGUCCUCGGGCGCGGCGGGGAGAAGCCGAGCUGAGCGGAUCCUCACACGACUCUGAUCCGAUUCUUUCCAGCUGAGCGGAUCCUCACACGACUCUGAUCCGAUUCUUUCCAGCAGCUUCUGCAACCAAGCUGGUCUUAUCCCUGGUCCUCCGCGUCUCCAGUCCUCGCACCUGGAACCCCAACGUCCCCGAGAGUCCCCGAAUCCCCGCUCCCAGGCUACCUAAGAGGAUGAGCGGUGCUCCGACGGCCGGAGCAGCCCUGAUGCUCUGCGCCGCCACCGCCGUGCUCCUGAGCGCUCAGGGCGGCCCCGUGCAGUCCAAGUCGCCGCGCUUUGCGUCCUGGGACGAGAUGAAUGUCCUGGCGCACGGACUCCUGCAGCUCGGCCAGGGGCUGCGCGAACACGCAGAGCGCACCCGCAGUCAGCUGAGCGCGCUGGAGCGGCGCCUGAGCGCGUGCGGGUCGGCCUGCCAGGGAACCGAGGGGUCCACUGCCCUCCCGUUAGCCCCUGAGAGCCGGGUGGACCCUGAGGUCCUUCACAGCCUGCAGACACAACUCAAGGCUCAGAACAGCAGGAUCCAGCAACUCUUCCACAAGGUGGCCCAGCAGCAGCGGCACCUGGAGAAGCAGCACCUGCGAAUUCAGCGUCUGCAAAGCCAGUUUGACCUCCUGGACCCCAAGCACCUAGACCAUGAGGUGGCCAAGCCUGCCCGAAGAAAGAGGCUGCCCGAGAUGACCCAGCCAGUUGACCUGGCUUACAAUGUCAGCCGCCUGUACCGGCUGCCUAGGGAUUGCCAGGAGCUGUUCGAGGACGGGGAGAGGCAGAGUGGACUAUUUGAGAUCCAGCCUCAGGGGUCUCCUCCAUUUUUGGUGAACUGCAAGAUGACCUCAGAUGGAGGCUGGACAGUAAUUCAGAGGCGCCACGAUGGCUCGGUGGACUUCAACCGGCCCUGGGAAGCCUAUAAGGCGGGGUUCGGGGAUCCCCAAGGCGAGUUCUGGCUGGGCCUGGAGAAGGUGCAUAGCAUCACGGGGGACCGCAACAGCCGCCUGGCCGUGCAGCUGCGGGACUGGGAUGGCAACGCCGAGUCGCUGCAGUUCUCUGUGCACCUGGGUGGCGAGGACACGGCCUACAGCCUGCAGCUCACUGCGCCCGUGGCCGGCCAGCUGGGCGCCACCACCGUCCCACCCAGCAGCCUCUCCGUACCCUUCUCCACCUGGGACCAGGAUCACGACCUCCGCAGGGACAAGAACUGCGCCAAGAGCCUCUCUGGAGGCUGGUGGUUUGGCACCUGCAGCCAUUCCAACCUCAACGGCCAGUACUUCCGCUCCAUCCCACAGCAGCGGCAGAAGCUUAAGAAGGGAAUCUUCUGGAAGACCUGGCGGGGCCGCUACUACCCACUGCAGGCCACCACCAUGUUGAUCCAGCCCACGGCAGCAGAGGCAGCCUCCUAGCGUCCUGGCUGGGCCUGGUCCCAGGCCCACGAAAGACGGUGACUCUUGGCUCUGCCCGAGGAUGUGGCCACUCCCUGCCUGGGCAGGGGCUCCAAGGAGGGGCCAUCUGGAAGCUUGUGGACGGAGAAGAAGACCACGACUGGAGAAGCCCCCUUUCUGAGUGCAGGGGGGCUGCAUGCGUUGCCUCCUGAGAUCAAGGCUGCAGGAUAUGCUCAGAUUCUGGAGGCGUGGACUGAGGGGCAUGGAGCUUCACUCCUUGCUGGCCAGGGAGUUGGGGACUCAGAGGGACCACUUGGGGCCGGCCAGACUGGCCUCAAUGGCGGACUCAGUCACAUUGACUGACAGGGGGACCAGGGCUCGUGUGGGUUGAGAGCGCCCUCAUGGUGCUGGUGCUGUUGUGUGUAGGUCCCCUGGGGACACAAGCAGGCGCCAAUGGUGUCUGGGCGGAGCUCACAGAGUUCUUGGAAUAAAAGCAACCUCAGAACA